GGAGCUGCUUCCUUUCGCGGACAGCACGGGGCAGCACCGCACCUCGGCACUGCUCCCUUCGCUGCCGCCUGGCUUUGUGUACAGCUGGGAUUCGCAUCUUUGCUUCAUGAAGCUUCUUUCCCUUUUCUUUGGCAGGGAACAGCACACGCCGCGAUGCCAGAGCUAGGGCACCAUCACCUCAGACCUGGCUCACGUGCUGGUGGCAGCUGUGAGAUACAGAAAUAAGGAACCAACCGCAACACGAGAUGCUUUCCUUGACUGUCCCCUCUUUUUUACUCUCAUCCCCUGAUGCCUUGUUCUCUUCUCUUAUUUUUUCUGCUCCUCCCUGGCUGCUCACCCACCUGCAGGGAGAGAAAAUCCAAGAUCACAGCCUCACGCAAACUCUUGUUGAAGAGUUUGAUGCUGGCCAAAGCCAAGGAGGAGUGGGAUCAGGAGAUUGUGGACAAGCAGGCAGAGAAGGAGAGGUAUCUGUCUGAGCGGGUCACUCCACUGCACACCAGUGGGCUCUCCUUGAGCCAGCUCCAGGACCUGUGCAGGGAGCUGCAUGAGAAGGUGGAAAUUGUGGAUGAGGAGAGAUAUGACAUCGAAGCAAAAUGCAACCAUAACACCCGGGAGAUUAAAGAUCUGAAAAUCAAAGUUCUUGAUCUUCGAGGGAAGUUCAAGCGCCCUCCCCUGCGCCGGGUGCGUGUCUCAGCCGAUGCCAUGCUCAGGGCUCUGCUGGGCUCCAAGCACAAGGUGUCCAUGGAUCUCAGGGCCAACCUGAAGUCUGUCAAGAAGGAGGAUACAGAGAAGGAGCGCCCGGUGGAAGUGGGCGACUGGCGCAAGAACGUGGAGGCCAUGUCAGGCAUGGAGGGCAGGAAGAAGAUGUUCGACGCUGCCAAGUCCCCUACGGGCCAGUGAGAGGAGCACCGGGAAGAAGAGCAUUCCCAUCCCUGCUGCCAGACUUCCCUCGUUGCUCCCCUGUCCCUUUGUGCCCCCCCUUGCAUACCCAUUUAGCUGAGACACCAGGACAGCGCUGUGGGCAGGGGGCCUGAGCUUCCUCCUUCCAGCACCGCCCUCAGCCCUGCUCCUGCGCGUCGUCCCCAUCAUCAGCUGCACAGGCCGUGCUGUCCCCAAGGACCACUGGCCACCUCUCCUGUCCCAACCCUGCAGAGAGGCUCAGAGGCGGCUGCUGCUCCUCCCUGUGCCCCAUUCCCUGUGGCUCAGCCCCGAGAUGUGUCACUCCGAGAUGUCCCCAUGCAGCCAUAUGUGUAUUAAAGGACAUGUCCCGGGCCGAGGUUGCGUGGGCUCAUGUCUGGGGUGGCUCUGCCCAGGGGCAGGGACAGGUCACCCCUCAAUGUCCUCGUGCUGGCACUCAGACACCGCACCCUGGGCUUACACUGGCUCCGGGCUCAUCCUUUCCAGCCCCAGACUGCUCCUCAUGUCCCAGCAGCUCCACUGAGCCCACUGGCCUUUUGCAGGGCCACCCUCACUGG